CCUCCUUCUCUCUCUCUUCCUCUCACACUCCCUCUCUUCUCACUGUGAGAGGAGCUGGUUGCUCUAAAAGGGAAACAGCUUCUCUCCUCUGACACGAGUGGUUCCUCUGACAGGGAUAUGAACAGGGAAAUAGCUUCUCUCCUCUGACACAAGUGGUUGUGUUAUGUUACCAGACUCAUUAACUCUCAUUUGGGUUUACAAAGAUAUAGUCCACCUGGAUCCUUUAAACUGGCAGCAAAAAGCUUUCGAUCCAUACCAUCCUUGAGGCUGAAAUAUGAGAUCAAAGAAAGACCAAGGCACCGUACCAACUGAGAUUCAGAAGAGCUGCUAGGUGCUUUAAGAUCGCCACACGUUGGAAUCAGGACGUGAGUCAACAACAACCGUACGUGUGAAUGAAUGAGAAUGGUAAAGGCACUUGUUCAAGCUUGCUUGAGGUUGCUGUGGAUUCUCACCUUGGCAAAGUGUAAGAUCCCAGAUGCCCACGUGACAUGCAUAUUCUCUGAAGACUGUGUGCUGCCCUGCAAUUUCAAACCCAGUGGGAAUGAGAUCAUCCGCUGGUACCUCCACAAAGUGCUCCUCCUCAGCCAAUCCCAGCAGGGUGGGGACCAGCCUCCCCAGGACCACCGUACCAGGACGUACCUGCUCCAGGACCAGCUCUCCCGGGGCAUCGCCUCGCUACACCUCAGCCAGUGUGGCAUCAAGGACCGAGGCCGCUACAGGUGUCUGGUCAACAGCACUCUGGGACAACAGGAGUCCUUUGUCAUCAUGAAAGUGGAGGCUCCCAUCAAGAUGGUUACUAUGGAGAAGAGUAUGAACAGAGAGAUUCAGUGCCUGUCCAAGGACAUCUUUCCCGCUCCCCGUGUGCAGUGGUCCACUCUGCCCCCGAAAGACAACCUGAGACCCAUCACCCAUAUGGGACCCAACGCUGAAGGCCUCUACUCCUUUCAGAGCACGCUGAGAAUGUUUGAAAAUACCCUCACCUACAUCUGCAGCGUUAACUCCACAUAUGGAUCACAGUCAUGGAGGAGCUCACUGCAAGAAAGAGGGUUGAUUGGAGAGGCGGGGCAAGAGCUGUCCAUACCCUGCAUUGCUCCACAGAACCUCCAGAACUUCUCCCUCACCUGGACAUUCAGCAGAACCAAUGACCCCACAGUCAUKCUCAGCUACGACAGCAGAACCAGACGGACCUCCAACCUCUGGGAGGGCCGUGCUGGACUGGAGCAGGACCAGGUUCUGGCGGGAGAUGGAUCCCUCCUUCUUCACAACCCAGAGAGUCGGGAACAAACAGGAACAUACACCUGUACAUUCACAGGCUUCCAGAGCAGACACGUGGUCCAAACCCAGGUCAACAUCAGGUCAAGAUCCCAGUUACCAGUGACAGAAAAGAUGCCAAAGACUACAGACCAGGCUGAGCGUACAGGGGGAAGUCACUUCCAAAUGUUGGUGAUUGUUGUAGUAGUUGCAGUGGUGGUUGCAGCAGUAAUAACAGCACUACUACUGUAUAGAAAACUACAAGCCAACCAACAGCUGGCUGGUGGGACCACUGUGGAGGACACAGAGAUGCAGCCAACAGAAACUAUUAAGACAGAUGAUUCACCAAUGGAUAACUGCCAGCUGACAGAAGACCACAACAAUAGCUAUAAUAAGCUCUGACUGACAAGCAGGUUAGUGCUAUCCGGGAUCCUUGGGAGUUGGGAUGUCCUUACCCUAACCCUUACCGUAACCAUUUUAAAUGUCAACUUCAAUGGGGUAGGGACGUCCCAAGGAUCCAGGAUAGCAAAGACCCUGACAAGCCUUUCUAGAUGAGUCAUACUGUUCCUAAUCACAGACCUGAAGUCAUCAAUCAAGCAUUCCUUUGUAGCUUGACUCACAACUCACAUUUUUUGCUUCAGGGAGAAAAUUCGACCACAGAGAUGUAUUCCAGGGAUUUAAUUGGAGAGUGCUGUUCUACAAUGGAGCACAUCUGUGUUCUAGACAAUUGAAUAACUGUACAGUCUUCAUAAUUUACAUUAAAGUUGUGAAUACAGUGUAUUUUGUAGCAGUUGUAGUUGUAGUUGUCAACUCUGAACUGCCUUAUACCAUUCUAAGGUAUCGAAUUACAGUACUGUAACAGAAAUAGACACUGCCUAAGGUAUCGAAUGACAGUACUGUAACAGAAAUAGACACUGCUGUGCUGUAUGUAAUGGAGCGUGACAUUUUCGUCCUGAAUUUAAUCUUUCAUUUUUAAAACGCUGACGCUGAAAUGGUAGGUUUUGUGUGAAAUUUAACGUGUGAUGGAACUAUAUUUUGGUUAAUACUGGUUAUGCUGCACCUUUGAGUAGACCUGCACUUAAUUUUUGUUGUGAAAAGAUACACAAGCAUGAACACGUACGUCUUCAAAUGGCAUGGAUUUUCUGACAUUUGCUUUAUACUGUAACAGUAAAGGUUUUAUAGGCAUA